AUGGUGGCUCCAGAUCAGUCCAACUCCAUUGUACAUGCUGCCACUCAUGGCACUCCCCAACGCGACAAUUAUGAUGCUACAUCCCCACGUCCCAAUGGCCUAAGCGGCCCCGCUAUCAACGGCGCACCUCCCCCCUUUUCUCGUCAGUGUGACAUGGACGUCGUGUGUGUGGGAACGUGGAUCAGUAAUACAGGAUCCCAACACACUGACUCCUUCUCGGGCAAUGGUACUUCAACAUUUCCAUAUUCUUACGCGCCGAUGCAACGCGGGCUGCUUGCGUAUGCCAUCACAGCUUGCAUCAAGCAUGUCUCGAGUCAACGACAUAUACGCGAGUGGUUGAAUGUGUGGCAGAGCUCAAAAUAG